GCGUUCCUGGCCGGGCCGCGCCUGCUGGACUGGGCCAGCUCGCCGCCGCACCUGCAGUUCAACAAGUUCGUGCUGACCGGCUACCGGCCGGCCAGCAGCGGCUCGGGCUGCCUGCGGAGCCUCUUCUACCUGCACAACGAACUGGGCAACAUCUACACGCACGGGCUGGCCCUGCUGGGUUUCCUGGUGCUGUUGCCCAUGACCGUCCCCUGGGGCCAGCUGGGGAAGGACUGCUGGCUUGGGGGCACGCACUGUGUGGCCUGCCUGGCGCCCCCUGCUGGCUCCGUGCUGUAUCAUCUCUUCAUGUGCCACCGCGGGGGCAGCCCCGUGUACGCCCGACUCCUGGCCCUGGACAUGUGUGGGGUCUGCUUAGUCAACACGCUCGGGGCGCUGCCCAUCAUCCACUGCACCCUGGCCUGCAGACCCUGGCUACGGCCAGCUGCCCUGCUGGGCUACGCCAUGCUGUCAGGGCUAGCUGGCUGGCGGGCCCUGACCGCUCCGUCCACCACCGCGCGGCUCCGCGCCUUCGGCUGGCAGGCUGGCGCGCGCCUCCUAGUGUUCGGGGCCCGAGGAGUGGGGCUGGGCUCGGGCGCCCCGGGCUCCCUGCCCUGCUACCUGCGCAUGGAUGCGCUGGCGUUGCUGGGCGGGCUGGUGAACGCGGCCCGCCUGCCCGAGCGCUGGGGGCCCGGCCGCUUUGACUACUGGGGCAAUUCCCACCAGAUCAUGCACCUCCUCAGCGUCGGCUCCAUCUGGCAGCUGCACGCCGGCGUCGUGCCCGACCUGCUCUGGGCCGCGCGGCACGCCUGCCCGCCGGACUGA